AUCACUUUCGCAAUUUUUUCUUUUCCCCGUCUCUCUCUAUAUAUAAAUUCCCUUCCCCUCGCUCUACCAAACUCAUUUGUCCCCUUCCCAUAACUUUUGUACCUAUUCAUUAUUAUAGUUAGAGCUCAAAAAUUAUUAACUCCAUGGCUUCGGCGAAGGACAUGGAUCGGAUAAAAGGGCCAUGGAGUCCCGAAGAGGACGAAGCCCUGCGGAGGUUGGUUCAGACUCACGGUCCCAGAAAUUGGUCCCUCGUGAGCAAAUCCAUUCCGGGUCGAUCUGGGAAAUCGUGCCGGUUGCGGUGGUGCAAUCAGCUCUCGCCCGAGGUUGAGCGCCGGCCUUUUACGGCGGAGGAAGACGAAAUGAUCAUGAAGGCACACGCCAGGUUCGGGAACAAGUGGGCCACCAUCGCUCGCCUCCUCAACGGCCGCACCGACAACGCCAUCAAGAACCAUUGGAAUUCCACACUAAAGAGGAAAUGCUCCGAACCUCCCUCCAACCCUCGGCCUCUGAAAAGAGUCGCCGCUGGUUCGGAUAGCCCAUCCGGAUCCGAUUUGAGCGAUUCGGGUUUACCCGCUACGCCUCCGAUCCCACUUUACGAAGCUGUAGCAGGGAGCGUAAGCGUGAACCUGGUGCCCUCUAUCCUGGUUGCGAAAUCUGCGUCUUUUUCCGCAACUGAUAUCGCGACGUCAUUGAGUCUGUCUCUACCAGGAUCCAACAAUGGGCCUGGGCGUGGGCCUGGGCCUGUGGCAAAGGAGGAGCCCAGGAGUGUUGAUUCGGAGCAGUUUUUGAGCGAAGAGUUGUUGAAGGUGAUGCAAGAUAUGAUACGAGUGGAAGUGUGGAAUUACAUGUCUGGAUUGGAACGUAGAGGGGUGUUUACGCAAACGGAAUGGUCGAAUAGGGAGAUGCAGCAAACAUUGAGGGAAAGAAGUUGAGUUAGGUAAAAUGGUUCACAAGUCAUUCCUAUUUUUUACUUGUUUAAAUUAGUUUUUAUUAUUCUGAAACAUAAAUUUUGGUUCCGAUAUAGAAGUCAUUUACUACAGUUAUUAUGAUAUUUCAAAACUUUUUUUCUUAUUGCAA